AGCGAGUGUCAACACUUGCCGCGCCGUCAUUGGUCGGCUCCGCCGCCAGCGAGCUAUAAGAGCGGACUUCGGGCUAACGUUGAGGAGGUCUUCAUCCGGGGAAAGCAUGAAGCUGGUGGUACUGUUCGCGCUGUUCGGGCUCAGCCUGGCCCAACACAACCCGCACACCAAACAUGGCCGCACAGCCAUCGUUCAUCUGUUCGAGUGGCGCUGGGCCGACAUCGCUGCCGAGUGUGAGCGCUUCCUGGCCCCCAACGGCUACGGCGGAGUCCAGAUCUCCCCUCCCAACAACCACAUUGUUUUGAACAACCCCUGGAGACCCUGGUGGCAGAGAUACCAGCCCAUCGGCUACGACCUGUGCUCCAGAUCCGGCUCCGAGGCCGAGCUGAGAGACAUGAUCGAGAGAUGCAACAAUGUUGGGGUCAACAUCUACGUGGACGCCGUCAUCAACCACAUGUGCGGCGCCGGAGGCGGACAAGGAACCCACUCCUCCUGUGGAACCUGGUUCGAUGCCGGAAGGAAGGACUUCCCCACCAUCCCCUUCAGCCAGUGGGACUUCAACGACCACAAGUGCAGAACCGGCAGCGGAAACAUCGAGAACUACGGUGACGCCAGCCAGGUGCGCGACUGCCGCCUGGUGGGUCUGCUGGACCUGGCCCUGGAGAAGGACUACGUCAGGGGGAAGGUGGCCGACUACUUGAACAAGCUGAUCGACAUGGGCGUGGCUGGAUUCAGGGUGGACGCCGUCAAGCACAUGUGGCCCGGCGACCUCUCUGCCGUCUACGGCCGUCUGCACAACCUGAACACCAAGUGGUUCCCCCACGGCUCCAGACCCUUCAUCUUCCAGGAGGUCAUCGACCUGGGAGGCGAGCCCAUCUCAUCCAGGGAGUACUUCCACCUGGGACGCGUGACCGAGUUCAAAUACGGAGCCAAACUGGGAACCAUUUUCAGGAAGUGGAAUGGAGAGAAGCUGUCCUACACCAAGAACUGGGGAGAGGGCUGGGGCUUCAUGCCCAACGGCAACGCGCUGGUCUUCGUCGACAACCACGACAACCAGAGAGGCCACGGAGCCGGCGGCGCCUCCAUCGUGACCUUCUGGGACUCCAGACUGCACAAGAUGGCCGUCAGCUACAUGCUGGCUCACCCUUACGGAUUCACCAGGGUGAUGUCCAGCUUCCGCUGGGACCGCAACUUCGUCAACGGCAAGGAUCAGAACGACUGGAUGGGACCUCCCAGUCACGGGGAUGGAUCCACCAAAGCUGUCCCCAUUAACCCCGACCAGACGUGCGGAGACGGAUGGGUGUGCGAGCACAGAUGGCGCCAAAUCAAGAAUAUGGUCAUCUUCCGUAACGUGGUCAACGGACAGCCUCACUCCAACUGGUGGGACAACGAGAGCAACCAGAUCGCCUUUGGACGUGGCAACCGCGGUUUCAUCGUCUUUAACAACGACGACUGGGACCUGAACGUGACGCUCAACACCGGCAUGCCCGGCGGAACCUACUGUGACGUCAUCUCUGGCCAGAAGGAAGGAGGGCGGUGCUCUGGGAAGCAGAUCCAGGUUGGCGGCGACGGCAGGGCUCACUUCAGCAUCAGCAACAGAGACGAGGAUCCCUUCGUCGCCAUCCAUGCCGAGUCCAAACUGUAAAUCCCGGAAUAUGACAUACAACACAAACUGCACAACAUCUACUGGAAAAAUAAAAAACGAUC